UCCGGCCGCGCCGGCCGAGCCAGACUCGUCAUUAUGGAGGAGGAGCUGCAGCAUUCGCACUGUGUGAAUUGUGUCAGUAGACGGUGUAUGACCCGACCAGAGCCUGGGGUUUCCUGUGACUUGAUUGGUUGUCCACUGGUUUGUGGAGCAGUUUUCCAUUCUUGUAAAGCUGAUGAACAUCGACUUUUAUGUCCUUUUGAACGAGUGCCUUGCUUAAAUAGUGACUUUGGAUGUCCAUUUACAAUGGCUCGAAAUAAAGUUGCUGAACAUCUGGAAACGUGUCCUGCAAGUGUGGUGUGCUGUACUAUGGAGUGGAACCGGUGGCCAGUUAGUUAUGCAGACCGGAAGUCGUAUGAAAAUCUAAGCAGAGAUGUCGAUGAAGUGGCGCAAUUAGAUAUGGCCUUGGCCCUUCAAGACCAAAGGAUGCUUUUAGAAUCUCUCAAAGUAGCCACCAUGAUGUCAAAAGCGACUGAUAAAGUAUCAGAACCUAGAGAACAAAUCUCAGUUAAAUCAAGUAUCCCAGAAAUACCACAUGCUAAUGGUUUGGUGUCUGUUGAUGAAGAAUCUUAUGGUGCACUUUAUCAAGCUACUGUAGAAACAACCAGAAGUUUGGCUGCUGCUUUAGAUAUCCUGAAUACCGCCACAAGAGACAUUGGCAUGUUAAGUUCGAGUCUUUGUGCUUCCCCAAAUGACAUGAAUGAAGAACAAAAUGCCAGAGAAAGCUUACAGAAUAGAAACUUGAAAGACCAGGACCACCUUUAUGAGGAUGAGAUAGGAGCAGCAGGUGGAAUUGACCAUAACGACAUCAGUCAGAAUGCCCAGUCUGAACAAAAUGGUUCAAGUGAUUUGUUAUGUGACUUGAAUACUAGUUCUUAUGGCGCUUCUGCUCUUUGUAAUGGCUUUCCUCUGGAAAAUAUAUGUGCACAGGUCUUAGACCAGAACCAGAAUUUACAUGGUGAUUCAGAACAGAGUAACUUAACAAAUGGAGAAUGUGUAGCAUCAGAUGGCACUUCAAAACCUUCCAGUUCACUUUCAGUAGCAGCACAAUUUAGGGAAGUAAUACCAUCUAAUGCUUUGCCUAAUGGCACAGUCCAGCAUAGCCUCGUGCCAGAUGAUGAGCAUGAAGGAGAGCUGUGUGGGAGAAAAGCAGACUUGGGGGACUUGAGGAAUGCGGAUGUCUUAUCUUUCAGUCAUCCUCCUUCAUUCAAAUUUCUUUCUAAUUCAAGUUGGGCUAAACCAAAGGAAGAUAAAGCAGUAGAUACAUCAGAUUUGGAAGUUGCAGAAGAUCCAAUGGGCCUCCAAGGAAUAGACCUGAUCACAGCAGCGUUGCUGUUUUGUCUGGGAGAUUCUCCAGGGGGGAGGGGUAUAUCUGAUAGUCGCAUGGUUGAUGUUUAUCACAUUGACUUUGGGACUCAGACUUUCUCACUUCCAUCUGCAAUAUUAGCUACAAAUACAAUGGUUGGGGAAAUUGCUUCAGCUUCAGCUUGUGAUCAUGCCAACCCACAGCUUUCAAAUCCAAGUCCUUUUCAGACACUUGGGCUGGAUUUAGUAUUGGAAUGUGUCGCUAGGUACCAACCCAAACAGCGUUCGAUGUUUACAUUUGUUUGUGGACAAUUGUUUAGAAGGAAAGAAUUUUCUUCACAUUUUAAGAACGUGCAUGGUGACAUUCAUGCUGGACUCAAUGGCUGGAUGGAACAGAGGUGCCCUUUAGCAUACUAUGGUUGUACCUAUUCUCAGCGUAGAUUUUGUCCAUCAACACAAGGAGCAAAGAUUAUACAUGACCACCAUUUGAGGUCAUUUGGAGUUCAGCCGUGUGUGUCUACAGUGUUAGUAGAGCCUGCUAGAAACUGUGUGUUGGGAUUACAUAGUGACCAUCUAAGUAGUCUUCCUUUUGAGGUCCUACAACAUAUUGCAAGCUUUCUCGAUGGCUUCAGUUUAUGCCAGCUCUCGUGUGUAUCCAGGUUAAUGAGGGAUGUGUGUGGCAGUCUGCUUCAGUCUCGUGGAAUGGUCAUACUGCAGUGGGGGAAAAGGAAGUAUCCAGAAGGAAAUUCAUCAUGGCAGAUUAAAGAAAAGGUAUGGCGAUUCAGUACUGCAUUUUGUUCUGUUAAUGAAUGGAAAUUUGCUGACAUCCUAAGCAUGGCUGACCACUUGAAGAAAUGCAGUUACAAUAUUGUAGAGAAACGAGAGGAAGCCAUCCCAUUGCCGUGUAUGUGUGUGACACGAGAGCUCACUAAAGAAGGACGUUCACUUCGCUCAGUUUUAAAACCUGUCCUUUAAAAACUGUAACUCCACUUGCACAUACAUGCAAGCACCUAGUAUAAUUUCUUUGUAAUGUGUGACACUUUAUUAAUGUAGUAAAGUUACAACUAGCUAAAUUUAUUGUCACUAUGUAUAUAAUGUUUUGAAGUGACAUAUAUUUUUAUAAAGUACUGUUUAGUUGGAAAAAAGUUGCCUUAAUGUUUGAAAUGUGUGAAAUUUUUGGAACUUGCUGGACAGGGUGAUUUAAUUUUUAGCUACAUAAUUUUCAGAAGUAGUAUUUUUAAUGGUGUGCAUAUUUUGGUUCUUAAAUUUUUUGCUUCUUAAACUAACAAGAUCCUGACCAAACAAUUUAUUCCUCAUGUUUUCUGUGGGUUGCAACCCAUGCAUUCAAAAAGCAAAACUUUGAUUCAAACUUUUGCGGCAUAGGUUUUUCAGAUAAAAACAUUCACUUACUUAAAUACUUCCAUAAGAUCAUUAUACGGUUUUUAUUUUCCACUGCUCCCCUUAUACAGUUGAUACAUGGAUGAUCUCUAAUAUAGUCGGCCCUCCGUAUCCAUGGGUUCCACAUAAGCAGAUUCAACCAACUGUGGAUGGAAAGGCCUAUGAUGGUUGUGUCUGUAGUGAACACAGUACAGUACUGAAAAAAGUACGGACUUUUUUUCUUGUCAUUAUUCCUUAAAUAAUACAGUAUAAAACUACUGACAUUGCGUUUACAUUGUAUUAGGUAUUAUAAGUAAUCUGGAGGUGAUUUAAAAUAUACAGGAAGAUGUGCAUAGGUUAUAUACAAGUAUAAGGGACUUGAACAUCUGUGGAUAUUGGUAUCUGAGGGGGCCUGGAACCAAGCCCCCAUGGAUACCGAGGGACCUCUGUAUGUACUUCCACGAUAUUUAAAAUCAUGACUAAUGUUUGGUAAUGCCAUUUAUCAUGUUUUAAAAAUAAUCCACAAAAAUCUUUUCACCUUAGAUAUUUCCAACUCUACAGGCAGUGACCAUGUGCAGCCUUCUUUAUUGUUAGAUGCCGCAUCCAAAGACCCACAGCCGUGCGUUCUGUGACAGGUUGAAGCAAAAAUGAACAAAAAACCUGUGACUUGACUUUAAUUUGAAACUUCAUGGUAUUAUAUAUUUGCUAGGUAUUUGGUAUUUGGAGAGAAGAAAAUAUACCUCAUUUUAAGUUUGAAUUGGACGUAUUGUAUGAAUAAAUUUCAGAUAGAAUACAAAGGGCUUAACUUUUUUCAUAUGCAUUUUAAAUUUUUGCCUUUUGAUGUUUAUAAAAAUCACAAUUAUGUUGUUUUAAGACAUUUAAAAAUGUGAAAUUUGGUAUCUUUGUAAGAUGACAAUCAUGAAAUGUGGAAACCUGUCUUGGUUGACAAUCUCUUUAAAACAUUUCCAGGUUAAUUUCUCAUAGACUUCUCUACCAAAAAAGUAAGAAUUGCAUCUUUGCAUAAAGAUCAAGGUAUAACAGCAAAAUAUUCAAAGACCUAGUCUUGAAAUAUUUAUUGUAGUUUUCAAAUCGGUUUAUAUUAUUAUUAAUCUGAUGUGGGCAGUUAAAAAAACUGAAUAUACUGUAUUUAGAAACCAAUUGCAGAGAUGGGGACAUGCAUUUAAAUUUGUUUAAGUAACUUCUGGCAUUUGGUAGUCUGAAAUGGUGACAAGUUACCUUGUUAUAAAAUAUCAAAGCCCAGUUGUGUCUUCUCUUCCUACAUUUGUCCCUGACAGUGCUCUGUUGUUACUAGCUUCUUGAUUCCCAUAUAUGGCAGUCAGGCUGGGCAGAGGCGUUCCUUGGGCAUUAAAAGAGAAUUCUGAAUUGCUUAAGACUUGUUUUGUUUGGAUCAAGUCCUUAUUACAAUUGAAAAAUGUAGCACUAAAGACUAAUCAGUUGUUUUGCCUCACCUGUCAUUUUAGUGGUAGAAUACUUUAACUGGUAGAAUAUUUAUUUCUCAGUGCUUAAAGUUUCUUUUUCAGCUGUGAGAUUGAGUUCCAUAAACAGCUCUCCAUUUCUGAAAAUGUCAGAAAUAAGAUAUCAAAUACUGUAAAAUGUAACUUUGCCUUUUAAAGUUUUGCUGAAGAAUGUGUCUGGUUAGGAUAGCACAAACAUUAACUUUCUGUUUUAUGGUUGUGCUUUUUAAAAUCCUUGGUGUUUAAGUUUAGACUUGUUUCCACACUGGAUCAUGCAAUAUUUAACAUUUUUCCACAUUCUAUUUCUUUUACACAUCUUUGGCUGUUUUCUUUUUUGUUUGUUAUGCCACCAUACUAUUUUGUUAAAAUGUUUUCUUUGUGCAACAUUUGUUCAAAUUCUAAUAAAAUUAAUAUUUUCCAUUUAUAUGGCUCAGUAACUUAAAAAGAAAAGCUUUCACGUAAAUAAAAUUUUAAUACUUGUUUGACAAAUUCCAGACCAUCAUAUUGUUUCUAUAGUGUGGAUUUUCUGCAUGUUCUAGGAGUUUCUUGUUGAUUAUCACUGCUCACCUGUCUUUUACUGGUGAGCGUUAAAUUUUUUUUUUAUUGUGGAAAACUCAUGAGGUAGUUUUUUGAGCCCCUUCAGUAUCUUCUUGAAAGUAGUCCCACCUAAGGGUAUUGAAAGGCUGAAGGGUUUCAGGCAAUAUUAUUUUUCUAAAACUUGUAAUGGGAACAAUCUAGCCUUUUAAGCAUGAAAAGGUUUCUAUGUAAGCCAAGUAAAUUAUUUGAGAAGUCUUUGUUAAUUCCUUAGUCUUUGCUAACCAGCAAGAUAAAGGGCAAGUAUCAGGAUGGAGGGAAAUAUCUGAUUCGCUUUUAUCUUCUUCCUCCUUCCCUCCUCUGCCUCCUUCCCUAGAACUGCCUGUUGGCUUAAUCUCCCCGCCCCCACAUUGGCUUUUGAGACUCACAGAUCCCUUACAGUAGUGGUUCCCAAAGUGUGGUCCCUGGACCAGUAGCAUCAGCAUCAUCUGGGAAUUUGUUAGAAAUGCAAAUUCUUAGGUCUCUCUUGUAGACUUAAUGAAUUAGAAACUCUGGGGUGGGAACCAUCUAUCUGUUUUAACAAAGGUCUCCAGGUGGUUCUGGUGCACAGUAAAGUAUGAGAAUUUAGAGGAAAGCUUGAGAUAUGCUAGCUCUUCUCGUGAAUGAUGUCUUCUUGGAGCAGGUAUAUGUGUGUAUGUACAUACAUGGUAGAAUCCAAAAUUAAGAGUAAUGGUAAUUUAUUAAUAUUAGUUAAUAGUUAAAUGAUGUGUGUUGUCUCAAUCUUGCAGACAUAUGACAAAAUACAUUGGCUGCCAUGGUUGGUGGACAUUUUUUUAAAAAAUAGUAUUUACUGGUAUUUUAAAUGUACUGUUAUUACUAGUAUUUCACUAGUGUUUCUUCUGUUCAAGGUAAAUUGCAGUGCAACUUCUAGUUCAUUAAGCACUAACAUUUAGCCUAGUCUUUAUUCAUUCUCUUGUUUAGUAGUUGCCGAGUCAUGUGAACGUUUUAGAUUUCUAGGAUAAGUGAAGAGAGUAGAAGUAGACAAAUACUGGAUUAAAUCCUACAAAAAUAUUUGUAGAAAUCCUGUCAACCCUAUCAGUUAGAGAUAUUAAAGAUUGGGUUUCUGUUUUACCAGUAGUAUAGAACCUUUUUUGGUCUUUGACCCUGUGCUACAUAUCCCAUCAAUGUUGUUAUUAUUAACUGUCCCUUAACAUUAGAUAUUGGGAUCUUAGUAACAUUGAAGAUAAUGGGCUUUUCAACACAACUUCCGUAUCCCCAGAAGAUAUGGUGUAUGUUACUGUAUCGACAACAGAUUUUUACUUCUGGCUAUUUGAAAGCAGUUUUUGGCAUUUAGAAGCAAAACAGUUUUCUUCGUGUUUUGCAUCCCAACCUGAAAAGACAUGGGGUUUAUUCAUUUUGAAAAAUGUUCUAAGGAAUAGCUGUGCACACAUUGAAAAAUGUAUUUGUUUCGUGCAUGGCUCACCACAUUGGAAGGGGAUGUGAUUGGAACCUGCCGAGAUGGUGUUGGAAUUUCAGUAGAAAGAGGGCAGUUGGCCUUCAUUCUCUCAAAAGGCCAGAAAAAGCCUUGUGAUGGAAAAAAUAUGUCUCAUAGGUGUUUGGCUGGUUGUCUAAGUAAGUAGUCUUCUUAACAUGCUCUUGAGGCAUGGGAUGCAGGAGAAUAUUAUUUAUGCCUUUAAAGACAAUCACCUUAUCAGUGACUUGUCCAUUGUGUUUGAAAUAAUUCAGUGAUGGGUUUUGUUAGGAUUUGAUCUAAAUCUUAUUUCCAAAUGAAAAAGUUUGAGAUGUAUAAAUAAAGGCCGACUCUAGUAAACUCCUUUCUACAUAAACUAAGGGAGGAGGGAGGAUUCUUUUAGUCGCCUUUUCCACAAUUAUUUUUUUUCAUUUAAAAGAUAAAAGUAAGUUCAAAAGAUAAGACCUUUCAAGUUUCCAUUUUAUGGGUGAAGAAACAAAUACUCAAAGUUGAGGUACUGAUGAGUGUCUUGGGGUAUCUGAGAGGAGUGUGUCCUGUCGCGCUCGCUCUUCUACUUUACAAAUGCAGAAAGAGAACGGACGUUUAGAUGUAAGGAAAUUACUUUGGAAAAUAUUGUUGCCUAGAGUGUUUGAUUCCUAAUAAGUGUUUUGGAAAGAAUUAUUGGGUAAUACCAAAAGGAAACAAAGUAGAAAUUAACUAAGUAUGGUAUGUCGCUCUCAAAGUCCUGUGCAAAAACUAGGGUCUUGCUGGAUUUUUACAAGUGUUUUGUUGCAUCUGUGAUUGGUAAAAUUCUAUAAAUUCAUUGUUUAUACAUAGAUUUGCAUGUAUAAUCUCCGUGAAUUGGCCAAGUAGAUGUUGAUACACUUGAGAUGUGUUAAUGGAGAUGCAUCUUGAGGUGCCUUUUUCCCUUAGAAUUUUUUGAAAUUGAUAUUUUGUAUUCAGAAUGUUUGAUGUUCCAGUGUAUUAUGUGGAGAGUAACUUUUCGUUAAUCUAAUAAACCACAAAGAAAUGGGUUAUAAGGAUGACUCAUAAACACGCUCUAUAGAAAUACAGUAAAAACUCAUUGAUAUAAAUCUAUUUUAUAAUUUUUUAUCUUUUUGACAUGCUGGACUGAAGUUUCUAUUCUUUACUAUGAAGAAAAGCAUUUCUGAAGCAAACUGACGACAUAAACAAGGGAAAUCAGUUUCUUUUUCACUAACACCAAUAACAUUUUUAGCAUCCCCCAUAUCUUUUUAUUAACCUAUUUGAAUGCCAGUAUUAUGAUAGAAAAUGAUUCUUCAACACAUAGCUGGUUCUAGUGGUAGUAAUAGUGUAUGUGUUUGAAAGUAAUAAAACUGCAUUUCUGUUGAACUCGUAAAGACCGAUCAACGGAUCAGGUCAAGUUGUCCUUUCCUAUUAAAAGCAAAUUCAUCAGGUUUAAUUUUCACGUUUUUCUAAUAUAAAUUGCUAGGACUUUUUUCUCAGACAAGAUUCUUAAACAGAUGAAUACAUUGAUAUAUGUGUUGAUUCGUUCUUUGGUAGAGGAACUGGCUAGUUAGCUUUCUAUACCCCUUCCUGUCAAAGAGUAGCAUUAAUUAUGUUAUUGUUCAGUGGUCUAAUAAUAUAAGAACAGUAACAAUAAUUUGUUAUUGCUCACAACAUUGAAGUUGAAAAAAAGAGAUCCUGCCCUUUGCUGUCCUCCUCGUUGUUUUUCAUGGAAGUCCUCCUUUCCAUAUUAAUUGUUAUUUCUUGUUUAUCCCAUGGCUUCCUUUUUCUGACUAGGCAAUCAAAAAACCUAGAUAAUAGAACAUAGAGUUUUAAAACACUGAUUCUGCCAAUUAGCCUAUGUUUAGUAGUUUUGGUCAGUAAGUUUAGAUUUGAUUAAGUAACUUAUUCAGCUUCUUUUAAAGUCUCUCAGGUACAAAUAAUUUGUAGUAUUGAAAAAUUGAAGUAUCAGUAUUCAGUUUUAACCACAUUAUAUGAUUAAAAGAAAUCAUAGAAAUGGAAAUACUAAUAGGGUACUACAUCGUUCAAGAGGAAAAUGAUGCAGCGAAUAUUUAAUUGCGUCAACUGGAUGUCUUUUAUAUCAAUUGAUAACUUUAAAAAGCGUUACCUGUGUUAGAGAUUUGAAAUAAAGUAGAGAAUGGUAUUGAUCCCCUAGAAUGUUCCAAUAGCUUUAUGAUAAAAACUCUGACAUAUGAAAUAAAUUGUGUUGAAUGGUUAAUAAUUGGGUGGACAUGAAUUCUGAAGAUUUUUAUGCUGCCUUUAAAGUGUUAAAGUUGUAUUGUUCAUUUGAUUGGUGUUUAAGCACCAGUCAGUCCUGAACACUUGAAUUGCACUCUGGAAGUGAUUGCACACACUUGUUCACUUACCUCAGAUGUCAUUUAGUUUCCAGUGUAUCUUCCUUUUCUCACAAUUUACAUUAAUAGUUGGCUUUUCCUUAAAUGCAAAAGCAUAUGGUAUUUCUUGAAAAACAUACUAAGUGAAAGAAACUAGGCACAACAGGCCAUGUCUUGUAUGAUUCCAUUUGUAUGAAAUAUCCAGAAUAGACAGAUUCAGAGACAAAUCGGAUUAAUGGUUGCUAGGUGCUGGGGGGAGGGGAGAGUGGGAAGUGGCUGUUCAAUGGGUACUGGUUUCCUUUUGGAGUGAUGAAAAUGUUCUAGAAGAAGAUAGUGGUGAUGAUUGCACAACAUUGUGAAUGUACUAAAUGCCACUGAAUUAUACACUUUAAAAUGGUUAUCAUGAUAAAUUUUGUUAUGUGUAUUUUACCACAAAAAAAGGGGGUAUUUGCAGUCAUUAUCAAAGCCAAAAAGUACAGUGUUCUCAAGGUUUGUGAAAUAAGCUAUGAUUUAGAAGUAAUUUAUAGCAUUAGUAAUGUGACAGAUUUAUUCAGUUUAAAGGUCUAAUGAAAUUUAUGAACCCCGUCCCAUAAGUACUGCUGACAGCAGCAGAAAUAAAGUUGUUACUCAUCACGAUUUCCUUAUACUUAAUACAACUGUGACAGUGAGUAAUUGGCUUCCUUGUCAAUGUUUAUUUUUCACCUUUUACAUUUUAUUAUGAUUCCUUGUGGCACAUCUGAAUCAUACUUUUUAAAGGUCCUAUUUAAAAUCAUGCUUUGAAAAAAAAUUUGUAUAAUUUUCAGGAUUAUUUUUGAUAGUUUUAUACUUUGUGUUCCUUUUAAAGAGCAAAUGCAAUGAUGUAUUAGGUAAAACUAAAUUAAUAAAUUGAAGUGA